AGAGCGUCCUUCCCAGCGCGUGUACUCGGCUGCUCCGGCAGCUAGAGCGUCCCUCCUCCGUGGAGCCUCGUGUGACCUUCCCGCCGGUGGAGCGAUGCUGCCGGCGGCUGCUCGCCCCCUAUGGGGGCCCUGUCUAGGGCUUAGGGGCGCCGCGCUCCGCUUCGCCAGGCAACAGGUUCCACGUGUCAGCGCCGUGCGGCUGAUGCGAUGCAGCAGCCAUCGGAGGGGAGAGGCCCUCGCCGGUGCACCCCUAGACAACGCCCCCAAGGAGUACCCCCCCAAGAUCCAGCAGCUGGUCCAGGACAUUGCCAGCCUCACGCUCCUGGAGAUCUCAGACCUCAAUGAGCUCCUGAAGAAAACGCUCAAGAUCCAGGAUGUGGGGCUCAUGCCCAUGGGGGGCGCCAUGCCCACUGCCGCCCCCGCCGCUGCCGCCCCCGAGGCGGUGGAGGAAGACAUCCCCAAGCAGAAGGAGCAGACGCACUUCACCGUCCGCCUGACGGAGGCGAAGCCGGUGGACAAGGUGAAGCUCAUCAAGGAGAUCAAGAACUACGUCCAGGGCAUCAACCUGGUGCAGGCCAAGAAGCUGGUGGAGUCGCUGCCCCAGGAGAUCAAGGCCAACGUCGCCAAGGCCGAGGCGGAGAAGAUCAAGGCGGCGCUGGAGGCGGUGGGCGGCACCGUGGUCCUGGAGUAGGCUCCCCGAGAACUGUGCACAGGGUCCCUGGGCCCCGAGAGGCCCGCCGCCCGCCCAGCACCAGGCUCCGCCUCCUCGGAGCAGAGGCCACACCCGCCUGCCACUGGGACAGGCAUGGACCUACCGAGCGGGCAGCAGCAGGGGGCGGCGCCCGGGCACCGGCCUGGCUCUGGCCGCCCCGGUUCACCAUGCGCCCCUGGUGGCCGCUGAGAAAAUACAUGGUUUGGGCCGUG